AUGCCGGCAGUCCAAAGAUCAGAAAGCCUCUUGUAUAGUCCCGACUUCUCAUCCAGCAAGAACAGCGAUUGCUCUUCACCAGCCAAAAGAAGCAAAACUAGUGUACAAGACACAGAGUGGUCCGAUGUAACAGACCCAGAGGAGAGGAGACGGAUACAAAACCGUGUCGCACAGCGCAAGUUCCGCACAAAGGCCAGAGAACAGAAAGAAAGGGCGGAGCGCGAGGCCAGAGACAAGGAACAUGCUGGUAACAGCUACCGUAUUCCUGACUCAGACAAUAUCAACACAGAAACAGAACUCUCAGGCUUGCCAUGGGGCAGCAUGAACUUGAGUCUCUUCGUGGCUCGAGGACACGAAGCCGAAAGCCGAAGAGCCAGCCGUCGAGGCGUACACCAAAGUGACGGCUUCACCUCUCCGAAUUAUACAUCAUCUUUUGACUCUAACAUGCGCCAGAGUGCGAGCUAUAGUAGCAGCGGCGCUAACGAUAUUUAUCCAGAGGAUAAUUCGUAUGUUUAUGACGCGUGCUUUAUUGGCCAAGCUUUUCCCACGUUAUGA